AACCGUAACCUUUUAGUUUCUGUAAUGUUCUGUCCGUCUUUUCCGCGUUCGCGUUGUGCUUUUUGGCCCAUGUUUCUGUAAAAUGGACUCUAAAAGACCUACGUCCCAUUUGAACAACUCGUCCGGUGAUAUCACGCUCAGCGUGGAUGACGACCCUUUGAUUGAUGGCCCGCUUAUAUCUCAGGAUGCAUUAGAAUCGGCCAUGAAGAGGGAGUUUCAGAAGCUGCCCACGUCUUGGAUAGCAGGCCUAAUGUCGUUUGUACAUGUGGUGUAUGUGAGUGUGUGUGUGGUUUUGGCAACGUUGUGCUGGUUGACGGAAACUUACUCGACAGAAUGUUCUGCAGUAUUGAGCCAAGUAGACUCAAGGACCUUUGUCAUUUUGGGCAAGGUGGUUGUCUGGUUUCUUUUCUUCAUCUUUGAGAGAACAGUUCAGUAUCAUCACAGUGCAGCCAGGCAAAGAGGUUACCUGCAGUUUUACAGAGCGACACGUGACCUCAAACGAGCGCCCCUGCUCUUAAACUCAAUAGGUAACGCUGCUGUACUUGCGGUGCUGUCUUUUGAAUCGCCGUUGGAGAAAAAAGUGAAGAAUCUCUCUGUGUACCUGCUGCUGGUAGUCAUCAUUUUGGAGCUGCUGGUGUCAGUCAGUGUGUUAAUCAUAUACACAGUUCGUGUUGUGAAGUUUAACACAGAGCGUCCGAGCCCAGACAUCAGUCAAGAGGAGCAAUCUCAUGCGUACUCUAACCAUGGCUUCCUCACACACACUGAGACUGGCUUCAGGGACGGGUCCAGUCUGGAGGAGGUGGUGGAGAAACAAGCUGAUCUGAUCGAGUAUCUGAAACAACACAACACAUCACUGAGCAAAAGAAUCCUGGCACUCACCUCUCAACAGAUACGAGAAUAAGAAUGAGAACGAGAGAGAGAGA